UUCCGGAUGCGUCGGGGGUUGUCAUGUAAAAAGUUGGCUUAAAAAAUACGCUUGCUAAUAUUUUACUGUAGGGAGGAGGAAGACAGAUCAAGGGGGACCAUGAAGGAGGGCAAAGAUCUAAAUUAUACCGUGUGGUCGAAAUAAUAAAUCACCCUAUAGUGAAAACGGACAUAUAUAUUCGAAAUCAGAAUGUCAACAAUGAGGCCCCUCCUCGGCAUGAAGAGAGUAACGGAGGACGUAACCUGUUCGGAACCCCCUGGAAACAGGCUGUCACCAGCAGCAAGCAAGCAACAACAACAGAACCUGACCGUGGACGAAUUUGCUGUCCUUGAGGACAAGCAAGAAGAACUUAAAUGCGCUAAGCCCAGAGUAGAACAGGUUUUCCAGGUAGCUUUCACAAUUAUCGGCCUUUUGGACCACACUGGAGCCCACAGUAGUACAGCAUCGAGACAGAUAUGGCUUCAGCUGAAAGGAAAGAGAGACGACGUAUCAAAAGCAAAGGAGUACCUGAAGGGCCUGUGUGACCCUGAGCUGCAGCAGGUGGAGCGCUACCCCGUGGACAUGCACUGCAUCUUCGCCGGCGCCAGGGGUCUCUUCCUGGACCGUCUGCUGCGAGACACCAGCGCAGAGGUUCUGGUGCUGGAGCCGGGCCGACUACGCCUGCUGGGCUGCGUUGAGUCCGUCGUCAUGGCACAGAGUCGCGUGCAGCAGUUUGUCGCUCUCUUUCAAGAGAAGCGCAGCCUGCCGGGAGACAGAGAGCCGUCGGUCAAGCGCACCUUCAAGACGUUCGUGGAGGAGCGCCAUGAUAAGUACACCAUGGAGCUGCUCCUGCUGCCUAGCGCCCUGAAGGAGGAGCUGCUUGGUCUGGCCCAGAGCCCCACCCAGACUGGGGGAGUCCUGCAUUUAGAUCAGGACCGCUCCCAGAGCAGCACCCCGGUCACUGACCUCUCCAACCGCAUCCUGGACACUAGCUUUGAGGAGAAGACGUCUGGGGCUGCAGGCGAGGCCGGGCUGCUGAAUGGGGCCCGGCCUUCCCAUAAGAGGCGCUCGUCGGAGAGCGAGCUGAGGGACACCAAGAGGCAGUACUCCCUGGAGAGGAGGGAAGAGUCGAAGGAGAGAGAGCGCCACAGCGGGGCGUGCGACAGCCGAGCCAAGACCCCCUCCAAGGCCAACACGGGGCUGAUGGGGCUGGAAUCCAGCGACGGUGUGGACGACGGCGAGGCGGUGAGCCCCGAGACCAACCUGCGCUGCCUGGUCAACUUCUUCAGGACCAUGGGCUACCAGCAGGAGGUGGUGGAACGGGUGGUCCGGGAGACCGGCCAGACGGAGGACACCUUCCUGCUGCUGGAGCGCAUCGUGGAGGAGAGCCAGAAGACGGAGGGGCUGCGAGGAGACUCGUCAUUAAGCCACAACCCUGAGUCCUCCUCGUCUCCGUUCUCCAGGGAGAAGGACAGAGGGCCCGAUAAAGUGCCAAAGCGAGGCCUGGACGUCAAGUCCAAGGAGAACAUUAAGCCGCUCAGCAGUAACAGUGUUAGCCUGAGGGAACAGUGUGGCAGCCUGCUGCAGACAGUGACACUAAAGAGGAGCAGCGCUCAGGGAGCUGCCUACGAUGUUAUUACCAUUGACGACGAGGAGGACAGUCCGGAGGCUCUGACUGGCACCAGGGCCAGGACAGCAGAUCAGCCAGACCCUCCGCCUGGGUCCCGGAUGGACUACCUGGCCCGGGGGGGGGCUCAGACCAUAGGGCCGGUGCGCGUGGAGAGCGUGACGUCGCUGAGGAGCACGUCCCAGCGCUCCGCUCAGCCGGGAGACACGCGGCCCGGCUGCUCCUACCAGACCCUGUCGGCCCGGGUUCCCCCACCCCGCGCCGAGCCCCCGCCACCACCGCUGACCACCACCACCCGCUUCCACGAGUCCCUGAAGACGCCCCACGUCCUGACGCUGCAGAACGAGCCGGGGCGCCCUGACCUGCGCCACGUGAUCAUCGACGGCAGCAAUGUGGCCAUGGCUCACGGUCUCCACCGCUUCUUCUCCUGCCGGGGGAUAGCCAUCGCUGUGGAGGCCUUCUGGAGGCGAGGCCAUCGGGAGAUCACUGUUUUUGUCCCGCAGUGGAGGCAGAAGAGAGACCGAUACACCACAGAACAACAUUACCUGAAUCAACUGGAAGACCUGCGUCUGCUCUCCUUCACGCCUUCUAGGGAGGUCUGUGGACAGAGGAUCUCCUCACACGAUGACCGGUUUCUACUCCACCUAGCAGAGAAGACCGGAGGUGUUAUUGUAACCAACGACAACCUGCGGGACUUUGUAAAUACUUCCGAGGCAUGGAUGAGGAUCAUCCAGGAGAGGCUCCUGCAGUUUACCUUUGUAGAGGACCACUUCAUGAUCCCAGAUGACCCCCUGGGAAGGCAUGGCCCCCACCUGGAGUUGUUUUUACGGAAGGACAGCAGACGGAGCCCAGUCACACCUCUGAGGCCAGAUCCCCGAGCCAGCCCUCAGCCGGUGUAUGUCCAAGCUCUGCAGUCUGCCCCCCAGAUAAGGCCACCUUCCCACUGGCCACAUUCUGGAUCCCCUGGAUGGCACCCCCCUUGCCCAACAAUCUCACCCCCGCUGCCGAGAUCACGCCCCUCCCCUCCGCUUCAGCGGUCGCAUCCCCCUCGCCCAACACCUUCCUCCCCUCCCCAGCGGUCACCAUCGGAAACCGUGGAGCUCAAGAAAAGGUUGUACGACAUCUUCCCUGAUCAGAAGCAGCGUAUUGACCGCAUCCUGAGUGACAACCCUUACAUGAGGGACCUGAAUGCGCUGUCAGGCCUUCUACUAGGAUGACAUGAAGCACACACAGUACUCAGCCACUCUCACAGAUACACCUACAGGUUUGUCCGUCUGUCGAGGGAGGAUGUCCUGAGUAAGCCUAUGUACAGAGAAUGGAGCUAUUUUGAGUUUUGUAUUAAAGUUUGUGAGCCGCUGCACUGCUGUUGGGGGUGGUCAUUUGUUUGGAAGGCAUCGCUCUCCUUUUUCUACACAUCUUGUUUAAGUUCAACAAAGUCCAUGGAACGUAUCCACUAGCACAAAUGCACUUCUAUUUCUAAAUAGUUUGCUUUUGAGUGAAUCCAUGGAAUGUGGGAAGAACUUGUCCAGCUGGCAUAUAUUUAAUGUGCACAUAUUUGUCCUAAAUACUUAUUUCCUGUAAUUUAUCUGCACAAGUCUUUAAAGUGUCAAACCAAAUUGUGUUGAAAUUGCUGUUGCUGUAAUAACUGCUGAAGGAUUUUUUUUUAUUGAUGUUGUAAAAUAAUUAGUUUCCUUUUGAUUUUGUAAAUACAAACAUUUUGAGAUGUGCCAGAUGUGGUUUUAUGUAAACAACUUCAAAAAUAUAUAUAUAUACAGCAUCCUAUUAAGUUUUUCUUUUUCUUUUAAACAAGCUACUUGAAUCGGACUAUUUCCUCCCAGUGAUUCAGUAGUUUUGCAGGAGAGAAGGCUAGGCCUACCUGUAGCUAUACAGGCAAAAAGCCAUAGUUCUCUGGCCUAGCUGACUAAUGUGCUGAAGACAUUAUAUCAACAAUAUCUGAUGGAAUUAUAUUUCUUGUAAUACCACAAAUAUUAUUUUAAGGAGUUUGGCUCCAGUCCCUCCUAUAUUCUGAUAAUGAAUGUGCACUACACUGAAUCUAAAAAACACAUUCUAUCUACCAAGGCUUCCCAGGUUGACUCAGAGAUGAGAAUACUUACCCAUGUUACUCAAUGAUUUGGCACACCCUGCCUGGCAACGCUCUUGUGCAAGUUACUACCUUAAUUGCCACACACACUGCAAACUCUGAAUUCAAGAUUAGGCAAUAGAAAAAUAAGUCAAUCACCAGCAAUGGCCACCAGAGGUCACUGUGCACCAAGUUUUAAGGGUGUGAUUGUAGUUGGAUUUCUUAUAUCCAACAAAUCUUUAUCAGAGUUUGGAAAUCUAUUUACUUAAAUUGUAUAUAACAAGUAGCUUCUGUGGUUUAUUACAGUGAUACAGUUGUUUAUUACAGUGAUACUGUUGUUUAUUACAGUAAUAUUCAACACCGGAGACGUUUGUCAGUGUAUUUAACCAGUGAGGUAAAGUUUUGGUCUGUCUCCAAGUACUUUUUUUGUUGUUUCUUCGAAAUGCAAAGGAUGUCAGUCACUGACAUUUGGUUUACAUGUACAUUUUCCUUUUUAGAUUUCAACAAGAAGGGAAAUUCUGUGGUAUCACCAUUGAGGGUGCAGGCAUACUGUGGGUAUCUCACAGUUACUUGAAAGACAGGGUGUACUGUAUAUUGAUUUCCACAGGCUGGUAAAGAUAAUAAAGGCCAUGUGUUUGUCAUAAAC